AUGAAGAACGCCCGUCAGGGAGCGCCACAGCUCCCGGACCACAAGCGUGCUUGCGCCGAUCGCCGCGGCUCCAGAUCCUGCGCGCAAGUGCCGCCUCAAGCCCCGGACAGCCUCGUCAAGCUGUCCCGCAGCAGCAGCGCCACCCUCCGCGGGCGCAGCCAGCACGGGCGCCAGCAGCACUGCGAGCUGGUCCGCCGCGUCCAGGCAAGUGUCACGUUGGCAGCCACGGAAGGUCUCUGGAGGGAUCACGGGGAGAGACGAGUGGGCCAGCACCUGAAUCAGCAGCAGCGCGUGGAGACUGUCAGCAAGGCGGUGGAGCUAUCCGAGAGUCGCCUCGGGAACACGGAUGGAGACGAGAGCCAGGAGCAGGUGCCGAGACAGCGGGAGAAGGAGCUGGCAGCGCAUGGAUCAGGGGAGGAGGGGCAGCGACAGGCUGCGGGCUCACAGGGAGCACAGCCGGACGAGGAGCCUCGUGGGCUGGCGAGGCGCGCAUCGAACUGCUCUGGCUCUGCGCCGCCCUAUCCUCACGAACCGCCCUCGACACUUCUCGCUGAAGAUCCGCCAUCGUCACGGGCGGGCGGUACCCCCCACCCUCGCCAUGAGCACGGGGACCCCUCUAAUCCCCCUGACCUCCGGGGUGAGCAGGCCAGUGCGACUGUUGCUGAUAACGCCGUGGAGACUCACGCCGGCGAUGAGACGACUUGCGCUCCUGGUGGGGCGCGGGGGAAUGGGGGCGCGACGAGCGAUGGUCGGGCGACGGAGGGCGUGACGGUUGACCUGCUGGGGCCAUCGGCGUCACAGCAGGUGAGGACUGACCCGCCGCCGAGGGCGCAACCAACGGAACCGGUCCGCCAGUGGUGGCGGACGCCGCCUUCGGUGAUGAAGCAGAGGCCGGAGCAGGCACGCCGGGGACAGAAGCGGGCGGCGCAACAGGGGCGCCAGGGACAGGCUCAGGGGGAUCAGCAAAACCCCCAACAAGGGAAGACGCCAAUGGCUCGACAAGGGGAGCCGGGGGGAGCCGCAUGCGGAGCAGACGGAACAGCAGCCGGGGCAGACGGGCCAGCCCCCGACGCGGCAAGGGGAUCCGCGGGUGCGUGGAGAGGAGUCCUUUCAGAGGCUGUUGUCGAGGGUUUCGGAGCCGGCGGUAGAGGGGGCUUCGUCGCCAUGGUCACCCUUUCGGGCUCCGCCGGAGGCUUGGAGGCCGCAGCCAACCAGGCGGCAACGAGCUCUGGCGACGGCUCACGCGCACCAGCAAUCACCAUCGCGGAAGCGGGGAGGCUGCGGGACUAG